CCCGCCGCCUUCCCGGCCGGAGCGCGCCCCGCGCCCAGACAUGGUGGGCCAACUGCAUCUGCAAGACAUGGACGAGAGUCUCCGGGAGCAGAGCCGCGAGGGCCUGCUGGACAGCCCCGACUCCGGGCUGCCCCCCAGCCCCAGCCCGCCCUUCUACUCCCCGGCGCCCGGCCUCUCCUCGGAGCCGCCUGGAGCUGGCGAGGCCAGAGCGCCCCCCUCCCUCCUCCGAAGUCCGCCGGCACUAGAGACGAGGCCCAGGAUGCUGCCCGUGUUCUUUGGGGAGAGCAUCGAGGUGAACCCCGAACCUACACAUGAGAUCCGCUGCAACUCUGAGGUCAAGUACGCCUCAGAAAAGCACUUCCGGGACAAUGUCUUCUACGCACCUGUGCCCACCGUCACGGCCUACAGCGAGACCAUCAUGGCCGCGCCCAACUGCACGUGGCGGAACUACCGCAGUCAGCUGACCCUGGAGCCGCGCCCGCGCGCCCUGCACUUCGAGAGCACCACCAUCAUCUUCCCCAAGCACGCGCGCAGCUCCUUCCGCACCACCCUGCACUGCAGCCUGGGCCGGCCCAGCCGCAGGUUCGCUGCCAGCGUCCUGCUGGCACAGCGCAGGGCGUCCGGCACCCCCCUGCCCAGCCCCGAGGGGCUCUAGCGGGAAGUGGCCUGGCCCGCAGUGGACAGGGCGGGAGCCCUUGGGAGGGCCGGAGGGCGGGCUCGGCCCAGUGCCCCGUGGGAGGGAGGUGGGGCCGUGGGCUGGACAGUGGGGAGGGAGGCGGCCCCAGGCCCACUAUGCUGCUGUCUGACCCCCCCGUGCGCAGAAAGUAGUUGAAGCAGCUGUUCUGUGAGCACCUUAAGGCCCCGUGGACAUGGCCUCUGGCGAGCUCUGGCUGGAGACAGGCACUGUGGAGGUGGGGGGGCCACCCACCCCCUGCAGUGUGUCUGGGGUGUGCCCAGGAGGCAGAGAGUGGCUGAGGAGGGUGCUGGAAGGAUGGAGUGCCUCCCUUGGUCGCGGAGUUGGCCGCAGUUGGUGUCUCCAGGGCUGGUGACCCUGGUUUGAGGCUGUGUGAGGGAAAGGGUGCUGUCCAGGUGUGCCCCUCAUUCCUGGAGAGGAGAGGGCUGCGUCCACACAGGCCUUUCCAGCACCAGUGUCUGAGGGGUGCGCCCAGGUCGGGAGCAUGGCUGAGCAGCCCCCUGGCCAUUAAGCCUGGGCUCUGAGCCCACGGUGGUGGUGUGGGGGGCGGCGGUGGUGCCCGAGGUCUGUGGUAUGGAUGGACAGGGCUGAGCCCACCUAAAGGGAGGCCUCUGGGCACAGCACCCAGCACUUCACCGUCAGGCUCCCCGCUCCACACGAUGCCUGCAGGGCAGAACUCUGGAGUGUGGUGGCCCUGAGCUCAGCCAUUGGCUCCUCUGGGCCUCCUGUGCUGGGACGUGACAGACUCAGGUCCUUCCUGGAGGUUUUAGGGUCACCCCUGAAGGUGGGAGAAUGUAGAACAGAGGCAUGUGAACAGCAGGGCAGGGGGCUUUGUGCUCCCUGGAACGCAUGCAGGCUCGAGUGGGAGGAGCUGACGGAACCCGCAGAUCCGCAUGGACUCGGGUCGAGCUGUCCCUGCCACUACCCUGGUUGCCCCCGAGACGGAAGGGCUCUGCAUGGCUGUGCUGUGGAGGCAGGGCAGCCUGGUGUUCACGUCCAGAAGAGGCAAGAUGACAGAUGGACCUUACGUUGACUCAGCAGGUGAAUUUCUCUCCACCGAGGUGCUUUGUGAUUUACAAGUAACUUAAGUCAGUUGAUUAUCUUAAUAAAAUGCACA